UCGAUCUGCUAAGACAGCAGAGUCAGAGAUGGCUAUCGCCCACGUCGCUACAGAGUAUGUGUUCAGUGAUUUCCUCCUGAAGGAACCGGGUCAGGGAAGGUACCCCGCCGUGCGCACUGAACUAGCCGUGGACAAGAUGGUGACUUGCGUAGCGGUGGGACUCCCUCUCCUCCUCAUCUCUCUAGCCUUCGCCCAGGAGGUCUCUGUGGGUGUUCAGAUCAGCUGUUUCCCUCCAGCUAACUUUUCCAGGCGCCAGGGCAUAUAUGUGGACUCCUACUGCUGGGCAGCCUUACACACUCGAACACUACAGUUAUGGCAACACAAGUUCUUCCCCUAUAUCCUGCUGUUGGUAGCAGUAAUUAUGUAUAGUCCAGCAGUUUUCUGGGGUUUCUCUGCCUCGCCUCUGCUUCAGUCAGACCUCGGCUUCAUCAUAGAAGAGCUCGACCGCUGCUACAACCGUGCUGUCACUCUGGCUAAACGCAUGGCCACUGCUGGGGAACACACAGACAGUGGUGCGUCCGACCCUACUGAGGGGUGUUUCAUGUACCCGGUGGUGGAGCAGUAUCUGCUGACCAAGAGGAGGAGUGUUGUGUUGUUGUGGCGCUACCUGCUGUGUCGAGGCCUCAACCUGCUCACCUUGCUUUUGGCCUGUGUCUACCUGGGCUACUACCUCUGCCUCGCAUCCCUCACUGACCAGUUCGGCUGUUCCCUACGCACCGGACUCCUGGCCAAUGACACCUCGAUCCCCGACCAAUUACAGUGCAAGCUGGUCGCCGUGGGCGUUUUCACUUUGCUAAGCUUUGUUAACCUGCUGGUGUACGCCAUGCUGGUUCCCGUGGUGAUAUACUCCACUCUGCGCCCUUUCUUCCAAUCACACACCCAUUUCCUGGAGUCCUACCAAUCACUGCCUACCACCGGUGUUCUGCCGCUACCCCAGGGGCAAUGGGAUGACCUGACACUCUACUUCCUUUUCCUGGAAGAAAACCUCAGCGAGCUCAAGUCCUACAAGUACAUGAAGGUGUUGGAGUUGCUAAGAAGGAGGGGGGUAUGUGAGGGCGAGGACUUUGAUGCCAUGGGACUGCUUCAGAUGCUGUGUCUGGUGAAGACUGAUGUCACAGACGGAAAGAGGAGCAACACAGCUACCUCCAAUGCUAGUGACAAUACCUCCAAUGAUAAUGCUGGCCUUAAUGCUAAAGCUAAUGACAACCCUAUUGCUAAAGCUAGCCAUAUUGCUAAUGCUAACCCUGCCGCUGGGGAGGCCAGCAGCAAGGCCCAAGUCCCCAGUCCAGCAGCAAGGCCAAAGUCCCCAGUCCAGCUUCUCCAGACCCAGGCUGAUGCCAGACCAGUGCCACUGAGAUGACAGGCAACAGUGGAAUGGAAGGCGGAGUGACGAGGGGGCGGUCCGACAGUGAAUGAGCUGAUCGUUGCCAUGAAGGAACAGCCCCAGUGGGUUGAGGGACACUAGGAACCAGAGCGGUUCUAAGACCCAGACACUCAACAAGCCAUUAUCUAAACAACUCAGACUAAGGAUUAGAAGAGAUGUCAAUGGGACACUUAACUAACGCCAGUGGUACUAGCAAACACUGUCAUGAAGUCGCUUUGAUGUCAUCGGGGAUUUGAAUUGGACACGCAGUUUCUGGGUAUUUUCCUAUAUGUAAAGCCAUACUGCCCAAGGUGUAUUUGUGUGUGGUGGUGGCGGCAUACUGUAUGCAGAAGGGUCUAACUAUGGUACCACUGAGGAUUUCCUACACAGGACAACUUGAUACAGCUGUUGAUAACAAAAAAAAGCCAGAAUAUUAUCAAUGUAUUAUGCAAUUACAUGAAGAAAUCGUAGCUAUAUUCAAUACAAUUCACAAGUUGAUAUAAAACCUACAGUUGAAGUCAAAGUUUACAUACACUUAGGUUGGAAUCGUUUUCAACUUUAAAUGAUUCUGAUGGGCUAUUUGACAUCAUUUGAGUCAAUUGGAGGUGUACCUGUGGAUGUAUUUCAUGGCCCACCUUCAAACGCAGUGCCUCUUUGCUUGACAUCAUGGUAUAUCAAAAGAUAUCAACCAAAGAAUUGUAGUCCUCCACCAGUCUGGUUCAUGCUUGGGAGCAAUUUCCAAACACCUGAAGGUACCACGUUCAUCUGUACAAACAAUAGCACGAAAGUAAGGAAAGGAAGAAGACACGUUCUGUCUCCUAGAGAUGAACGUACUUUGGUGCGAA